AUGCAACAUCUUGGGAGCUGUCUCUUUUGUUUACUGUGGCACUUGGAUCUUGCCAAAGACUUUCACUCUUCCCCAAGAGACAGCUGUGCUGCGCAUCCGCCGUAUAUUGGGGAUCUCAUCCUUUCACUCUGCGCUGGCAACUUUCCAGAGAAGUCUGUUGCGUCACCUUGGGUUGUUCAUUUCUAUGCUGGGAAUUGCAGGCGGUGCCGGGAGCUGGCCGUAGCCCUUCAAGACGUAAGUGCUCCUGCGCUAAAACUCGGCAUCAAGGUCGGUGCUGUGGACUGUCAUGACACCUCCAAUGCCCAGCUUUGCAGAAGAUACAAGGUUUGGAAGUUUCCCGUUCUUAUGUUUCUUGCCAGUGGAUCCCGGUUCACUGGACCCCUUGCAACUGCUGAGAUCAUGACUUGGCUCGGUGAAGCCAGUGAGCCAGGACUUCUUGCUCCGGCGCAGCAGAAAAUGAGCGUCUGCCCAGCCUUCCAUCUUUAUGAGGAGCCUCAGCUCGCCAGAGAGUUUCUGACCGCACAUAACAUUUACAGAUGUGCUGCGGGAAUCGACAUGCUAGAGUGGGAUAUGGCCGCGUUUCAGACCGCUCGCAGCUACGCGCAGAAGGCUCCAACAGACAGGCUGGCCCACAGCAAAGCCAGGGAGCGGCAGAGCAAGCAGGGAGCAACCUUCGGCGAGAAUGUGGCAGUUGGCUUUGGCCUCUGGCCGGGGCAAGUGGUGGCCCGCUGGUACGAUGAGAUUCGAAACACGCAGGGUGGGAAGUUCCGGCCCAAUCGCGCCGGGCUGGGGCACUACACGCAGCUUGUGUGGCGCAAAACACGACGAGUCGGUUGCAGUUUCGGCCAGGAUCGACGUGUGGCAAUCUGCCACUAUGAUCCUGCAGGCAAUGAGAGGGGAAAGCAUCUGUCACAGGUCGCACCCCCCUUACCGGGGUUCUUUGGUCGCGAAGGACAAGAGCGCUGCGGUGCUAUUGUUGAAGAGAUCGGCGCACCAUGA